UACACCACUUCUCUUCAAUUUCUCUCGCUUUAACUUCUCUCUCACCUAAUUCACCUUUACCAAACACAGUGUAAAUGAUUUAGACCCCAAUCUUACGGAGCACACCUCAGUCACUGUAGAAACGGCAUCGUAUAAAGCACACCAACGCGGUAACCCUUUUCUUCAAAAUUAAAAAUCGAUAGUGGAGCAACACUACAGUUUCCCUCUUAAAAUAAAAAUGGCGACGGCGACGGCGACGGCACCAAGUAAAAUGAAGGUGGAGGAGCUACGAACGGAACUCAAUCAACGCGGCCUCGACACCACCGGAACCAAACCCACCCUCCUUCGUAGGCUUCAAGAAGCGCUUCUCAAAGAAAAUCAGGUCUCGAAACCCGACGCUGAUGCUCCUUCCUCUCUUGGAAAGAGACCGAGGGACUCUGCUACUGGCACUCGCCGUGGAGUUUCCAAGAAACAGUCACUCGAAACGAUUCCUCAGGAUCCGCAUCACGUUGAACAAGAGGAGCAGGUAAUAGAAGAAGAAAAGAUAGUGACUGCAACCAAAAAGGGUGCGGCUGUUCUCGAUCAAUGGCUUCCAGAUCACAUAAAAGUGCAGUAUCAUGUUCUUGAAAUGGGUAGUGAAAUCUAUGAUGCUGUGUUGAACCAGACAAAUGUUGGGGACAACAAUAACAAAUUCUAUGCCAUUCAAGUUCUUGAAUCUGAUGAUGGUGGUAAGUUCCUUGUUUACAAUAGAUGGGGAAGGGUAGGCAUAAAGGGCCAAGACAAGAUACACGGCCCUUACCCUUCGCGUGAAAGUGCAAUCCAGGAGUUUGAACAAAAGUUCUUUGCCAAGACCAAGAAUGCUUGGUCUGAUAGGAACAAUUUUGUUUCCCAUCCAAAGAGUUAUGUAUGGCUGGAAAUGGACUACAGUGGCAAGGAAAAAGAAUCUACGGUUACAGAAAGUCCUGGUCAUGCUUUGAGAAAGCAGCCUCAGGAAUCAAAACUUGAGCCACGUAUUGCAAAAUUUAUAUCGCUUGUUUGCAAUUUGAGCAUGAUGAACCAGCAAAUGAUGGAAAUAGGGUACAAUGCAAACAAGUUGCCCCUUGGAAAACUCAGCAAAUCAACAAUUUUGAAGGGCUACAAUGUUCUCAAAAGACUUGCUGAUGUGAUUGAUAAGUCUGAUAAGAAUGCUCUAGAGCAAUUAAGCGGAGAGUUCUAUACCGUAAUUCCUCAUGACUUUGGAUUUAAAAAAAUGCGCGAGUUUGUAAUUGACACCCCUCAGAAGUUAAAACGCAAAUUGGAAAUGGUUGAAGCUCUUGCUGAAAUUGAGGUUGCCACAAAGCUAUUGAAAGAAGAUGCAGAAAUGGAGAGAGAUCCCCUGUAUGCUCAUUAUCAACGCCUUCAAUGUGAACUGGAACCAGUUGAAUUCGGUACUGAGGAAUUCUCCAUGAUUGAAAAUUAUAUGAAGAACACUCACGCAGAAACACAUUCAAACUAUACUGUUAAAAUUGUCCAAAUAUUCAGAACAUCGAAAAAAGGCGAGGCUGAACGCUUCAGGAAGUUUUCUAAUAUAAAGAAUAGGAUGCUUUUGUGGCAUGGUUCUCGGCUCACAAACUGGACUGGAAUUUUAUCUCAAGGUUUGCGCAUAGCUCCUCCGGAGGCACCUGUAACUGGCUACAUGUUUGGGAAAGGGGUGUACUUUGCUGACAUGUUCUCAAAAAGCGCAAACUAUUGCCAUCCUACUCCUACUGCUGCAGAUGGCGUGCUCCUUUUAUGUGAGGUUGCAUUGGGUGAGAUGGCCGAGCUUCUAACCGGCGAUCAUGAUGCUGAUAGGUUGCCUGAAGGAAAACUGAGCACAAAAGGAGUAGGAGCUACAGCUCCUGAUUUUUCAAAAGCUCAGGAGCUUGAGGAUGGGCUCAUAGUUCCCCUAGGAAAGCCCAAAACAAAUUCACGCAUAAAGUUGCAGGGCAAUCUAAUUGCACAAUGAGUACAUUGUUUAUAAUGUGGAGCAGAUUAGGAUGCGUUAUGUUGUGAAUGUUAAAUUCAAUUAUGGGACUUGAAGUUAGCAUGCAGACCUGUUUAAAAUAUAUCUUUCGUCAUUAUAUAGUUCGCCAAGCCAAAAAACAAUGAUGGUAUUCGUAAAUGAUUUUUACUGAGAAAUAUGAAAUGGUUUGCACUGUGACAAGAAAUGAAGGUCCAUUUUAUUAAGUUAGCAUACUUAUUUAAAUAAAGUGUUGAUGUGGGCGUCAUCUUUCGAAUUAUGAUUGUGGUUAUCAGUUUGUGUCGUAAUUUGUAACAUAAGGUUUGGUUUUGAAGUUCCAAAUAGGAUACCAAAUUCA